AUGUAUUCACCUAAAACAAUGUUCAUUUGCAAGAUUACCUGUAAAUUUGUGAUUGCUUUCUCGUCUAUUUUUCUCAAAUCCAAAUCUGCCGCCAUUUUGUUUGUUUGUACGUAACGCGCAGGCUUAACGCUGUACAUCCACUGACUAGAGAUACUACCGGCUCGUAUUACACCAUGGACUGACAUUCACUUUUAACUGUUUUUUCGUCUUGUAAAAGAACUUUGAAGACAUGGCGGCUGUUGAAAGUAAAGGGUGCAAGCCUAAGAAAUAUGAAUAUCUUGACCACACUGCUGAUGUACAACUUCACGCAUGGGGUGACGAUCUAAAAGAGGCUUUUGAGCAGGUUGCGGUGUCAAUGUUUGGAUACAUGACAGAGUUGGAAACAGUUGACAUUGCAAGAGAAGAAAUCAUAGAAGCUGAAGGUGAAGAUAUGCUUUCUCUGUUGUUUCACUUUCUUGAUGAGUCACUAUUUCUGAUGUGUGCAGAUCCAUAUUUUAUUGUCAAGGAAGUAGAAAUCACAGAAUUUGAUAGAGAAAAUUUCAAGAUAAAAGCGAUUGAAAGAGGGGAAGAAUUUGACCUGAAGAAGCAUCCACAAGGAACAGAAGUCAAAGCUAUCACAUAUUCCAAUAUGCAAAUACACGAUAAUGACAAAAAACAUGAAGUUUUUGUAAUUAUUGAUAUCUAAAUAUUAAGUAAUAUAAGUUUUCUUUGUAAAAUAUCACAAAAUAUUUAAAGUCAAUCAAAACGUGAUUUACAUAUUAUGAUUUGAACGUUUUAGUAAUUCAAGCAUUUUUUAAUGUACAUAAAAUUUAAUAUUUAGUUCUCAGAGAACUUUUCAUUUUUACUCACAAUUACCUGUUUUUGAUUAUGUCCCAUUAUUAUUUAUACGCAAUAUGAAAUAAUUAAAAAUUAGCAUAAUAUAUAACUAUUUCAUUAGCCUGUGUAUAUCUGUUUCCACCCCUCCCACCAAAAGGGAAAAUUUCUAGGGGGAGGGGGAGAGGGUGACCAGAGUUACACUAGUGUUCAAUGUCAAACAAAUGAAAUAAACUGAAAAAAGCAAAGCUUCGACAA